UAAACUAAAAGAAUUAGCAGAGUCCAUUUAUACAGCAACAAACAUGUUUGUUUUGUUAUAUCACAUUUAUCACGCCCCUGUCCACACAGUGGAUGGUGCAUAGCAUAGCGAUAGCAGCAAUAAUGGAGAUUCAUCUCGAUUGGCUUCUUCGAUUAGCGUGGAUUGCUGGAACUUUACCCAUAUUACUUGCUUCACUCCCUUCUUCUUCUUUGAACUCUUUCCAUCAACUUCUUCUAGGAUUUGCUAAGAGAGGCAAGAUUAUGCAACUAUCAUCAUCAUCAUCAUCAUUCCAUAAGUUCACAGUUCCACAGAGAUUCUUCCUUCACUUUUACUUGUUGGGUGUGGUGUGGACUACCUUUUUGCUGAUCGUAACUUGGCAUUAUGCUUAUAAGAUGACUUUAUUGGGUUCUGGCUCAUUAAUUUACUCGGUUGCUUCUGCUCACAUGGCUGGAGGUUCACGAAUGCUUCCCUUUUAUAAGUCUGGUUUUUCCAAUACCGAGCUUAAUUACAGAGUUUGGCUGUCUGUGUUCAUGCUUCUGUUGAUGGAGAUGCAUGUUUUAAGGCGCCUUUAUGAGACAGUUUAUGUCCUUAAGUACAGUCCUUCUGCUCGAAUGCACGUUUUUGGUUAUCUAACAGGACUUUUCUUCUAUACAGCAGCGCCUUUAUCACUUUGCCACUUCUGUAUAUUUGAGGCUCUUAACGUUGCAGAAUAUCGAGCAAUUGAGAUGAAUGUAAAAAACGAAGAGAUUUCACCUAUUGACUUUGAUUGGUGGGGAUACAUGACGCCUAUCUUACAGCUUGGUUGGUGUCAAUGGGCUGGUGCUGCUAUAUUUGCUUGCGGGUGGGUGCAUCAGCAACGAUGUCAUGCAAUCUUGAAAAUAUUUUGUGUUUUCCUACAAAUGAUCAGGAUUGAGUGUAACCAACGGAAUAUAUGUGCACUUCCAGACAGAUAAGCAUUUCCAAAGAAAAGCACUAGAACUGCUACAAGUGAAUUGAGUUAUGGAUGUUCCUUAGUUCCAUGGAUAGAGUGAACAUACCCAGUUGAAUACUGUUUGUUACCUUUUACCUCAUUAUACUAUGCGUUAUCUUUGUUUGGGAUAGAAUCACAUCUUUUAAAUGUGAAAAUCUUUAGAAUGGCCGUCACCUACAGCAUCUCUCCUCCUCCAUCCAGCUUGAGAAAAUCUCUAUCUACGAGUUGAUUGAGAUUUACAAUUUGUUUAUCACUUUGUCUUCUGGUAGAAAUAAUAUGCGACAAUUUAUCAAUUAAAAGGGUUGUCCUAGUGUCUUUAUUAGUUAGGAUGUGAAGCAUGGAUCAGAGUUGGAGUAACAGAGAUUCCACAUUAACAUAAUUAAAACUGAUCUGGAGGAUUGGCUUUUGUUUACAAGUAUCAGAUUUUGAAACUGGAUUUUGCUUUUGGUGGGAAAUUGACUGAAAGGAAUGAAGAUAUGGAGUGUUUCAUAUGAAGUGUUUCCUUUAUUCCCUUUUAUUACCUUGCAGAUAUCCAAUAUGAACCUUGUGUGCUAGCAUCUUUGUAAUAUUAGCAUCUAUGCUUGUCUCCUAGCAAGUUUCUGGACGAGAUUUCUUACUUUGCUCCAGGGCUCUCUGCGAAAACAAAGAAGACAAGUAGAUGAAUAUCUAAUUCCUCACGGUGAUUGGUUUGAAAUGGUUUCAAGUCCACACUACUUGGCUGAGAUG